GGCAUUUGGUUAUUUUGACUCGAAACCGAGGCUCAUUACCAUAAUACAUUACGACCACGAAAUAAUUAGUAGGAGAGAAAGUGUAGUCCGUUACAAAGAGAAGUUUUGCCGUUUUCUUUGGUCUGAGUGGUUUAUAAGUUGUAUCAUUUUUGGAUCUAAAUUGCAGGUAAGCAUCAUAAUUUACGUUGAUAACAUUUAUUUUUGGUCUGAAAAUAUAUUUUUGAUGCUGAAAACGAACAGUGAGCAUAAUAAAUUUAAAACAGACUAGUAAAAAUAAGAUAAUUCAAGAGCUUUGCCCAACUCGAACUGGAGAAAAGUGAGGAUGUCAACGACUAGCAGGGUGUGGCAUUUAUGAGUUGUCGAUAUUUGGAUUUCAUGUACCACUGUGGAUGAGUGGUUGUUGUGCUCAUUUCUGGUGGGCCAAAUUGAUUUUCUAGGUCUCAAUUGCCGUUAAUGCCCAUUCAUUCAUUUUAAAAAGUUUCCAUAAUAAAUGAAGUUAUUUAAUAUAGCCUGCCUGCCUGCCUCUGCCUAAUACUAAUAAUACUAAUAAGUAAAUAAAAAUGUAAUAGUAAAUUUCAGCUCUAAUCUAAUCAUUAAAAUGCAAUUCAUUAAUACCAAAUUUAUGGUUUUAUGUCAAUUCUAAAGAAAAAGUAGGCAUAUCUUAAAAGCAAGAGAGACUACUUAAUAAUUUGUAUUGGAAUUUGGACUCAGGGCAGAAGAAUCCAAGUUUUUAAUUUGUUGACGUUGGUGCUUUUUCAUUUGUGAAAGAACUAUUUUGUCAUAAAAUUGUUAUUCAUCUACACAUUUACAGUAGUGGACAUUUUUGCCUACUCCUACAUUUCAAAUAGUUAAUUUUUGCGUAACAAUCCACAAUUGAACAACGAAGUUUCUAUGUGUCCGGGGCGCCGGACAAAUAGUGCGGGAGAUAUACUUCCGGUGGACAUGUCACGUGACCGCCGGACGACUAGUUCGCAUUAUUAUGCCGACAGGUCAUGUGACAAGUGGUUGCCAUCAAAAUAGUUGCAUUGCAUUUGAUAUUCCAAUAUUGUGUGUAUAUAUAAUAUAAUAUAUAUAUAUUAGUCAGCCAAUCCCUGGAUGCUCCGAGAUACAUAAAGUGUUUGACUUUGAAUAUUAAACCAGUCGGCCUAUAUACUAGGGGUGUGCCGGAUCCGUUUUUUCCAACCGGAUCCGGAUUUUCUUAUGCGAAAUCCGCCGGAUUCCGGAAUAAUCCGGUUUCUCCCGGAUUCCGGAUUUUGGUACUAUUGGUAGAUACUUCGGUAAGUCAAGGUAGACUACUACUUUUUGUGUAUAGGAAUUCGCAAUCGGCGCCAAAAAAUCCGAGUUUUUAAUUUUCCGAUGUGUGUGUCUAUUUAUUAUUAAAUUAGUACUUUCGAUAUAUAUUUGAGUUCCGUUCCAUUUGGGUAAGUGUCUUACGAGAGACGCCAUGUUUCUACGCGUUUGCAGCAGGUCAUGCAGCUCGCUCAACCUAAUUUCGCCAUGGGGUUGGCCACGCCCCCCUUUUUAAUGGCGGAAGUUGACGAUACUUAGGAAAUAUUAAUUUGUUAUCACUAUUUACAUCAAAAUAAUUGAUAACUUGUGUUUCAGAAUGCAUUUUAAAGACAUUUAAACUGGAGAGUUUUAAUUUGAGCUUUAACAACCCGGUAGAAUCCAUAUUAUAAAUGAUCAGAAUUUACCGUGUGCAACACGUUGUCAUUGGCAACCAUUCACAGCCACUUGCAUAACUGUAUCGUAGUACUACCUCAGAGUUUCAUUCAUAAGAGUUUGCCGUGUGCAAAAACUAUUAAACCAUUGGUCAGGGAAAGCUUUAAUUAAUUAUUCAUGUGCCAAAGUUGAAAGUUUAAACUAAGUCUAAACAGUAUUUUAGUGAUAAGGCAGGGAAUGCGUUGCCUUAUAUAAACUAUAUAGUCAUUGCGCAUGACGGGAUUGGCGGAAUGAGAUCACAGAAUGUGGAGAUGCAGGCCAUGUUAAAAAAUGACAAACCAAGUCGUACUUUAAAAAUUCAUAACUUUAAAACUACAACAGCUAAAAAUAUGAUUUUGGUGUUAUAAUUCUUUAAAAAAUUACCUCUUUUCAACUAUGCCAUUGGUUUAUUUUUACAAAAAGUUUAAAUUUUCUAAUCAAAGUCCCUACACUAUUGGCCACUAUUAGCGGUGCUGACUCUACCCUCUGGUAUGUUCGGAAUAUUAAACAUUAAACAAGCUCAACGCUCGAAACAAUCGAUUAAUGUAUUGUGAUCGUGUGGAAUUCGGGAAAGAGAAUUACUUUUAUUUCAGAUUAUGAUCCGGUGAGUCACAAAAUCUGGCAAAUUCUGAAAUCCGGUAUAUUCCGGAUUCCGGUUGUUCCGGAUACAUGUAAAUCCGGCGGAACCGGAUUUCACCGGAUAGUGCAAAAUCCGGCGGAACCGGAUUCCGGACCGGAUUCCGGCUCACCCCUACUAUAUACUAACUAGUAGUCAGUAGUAGGCCUACUACUACUAUUAAGUAGUAGGCCUACUACUACUAUUACUAAUCUAUUUGAUUCAGACUCUUCAAAGAAAAAAGUGCCAUAUCUUGGUUAACCAUCUUGUAAAGCUCUACCUUGAAGCCUAAAUUGAAAAUAUGAACCAAAUAAAAUAAGACCUUUGUCGAUAACGUUGUAUUUCAGGAUUAGUAUUUAGUAUUGCAUGAGAAGUAGGCUAAGCUACCACUAUAUCGGCUCUAUAUUAAGAUGUAGGGUUUAUUUCUUUGUGAACUUUCGGCCUCCCCACCUUAAACUUAAUUAUCACCCUCACUAUUACUUUGUUACGGCGGUCAUGUGACCUUGUCGCCGGACGAAUAUCUCGAUAAAGUAUUCUUCCGGCGGUCAUGUGACUUGGUCGCCGGACAAAUAGUGUGGGAGAUAUACUGCCAUUGAACAAAGCGUAGAGAAUCCUACACGGAAACCCGCAGUGGUGCAGAUUGCUUAAACAAAGUGUCUACAUGUCCAUUGACCGGGCGAAGAAAUUCUAGAGAUAUUCUUCCGGCGACCAAGCCACAUGACAGCCGUAAAAAAUUGUGAAAGAUUUUUGUCGUCAGCCUUCUCACGAGACCGCUAAUAUUCUAUCAGAAAAAUGGCGUUGGAGAUGCAUGUGGGCGAUGAGUUAACUUCAUUUCAAUAAAUAGUGGGGGGGGGGGGGGGCGGGGGUUGAGCAAUGGAUACUGGAAGAAAUACUGAGACUGAGAGCAAGAGAUAAAGGAUAAAAAUGAUAUUGAAGGUGAUAAAUAAUUAAAGCAGGGAGGCAGAUAGUUCACAAAGAAAUAGACCCUACAUCUUAAUAUAGGGCUAAUAUAGUGUGCUGCUGGGGUAGCCUACUUCUCACACAAUAUUAAUAGCCUAAAAUAAAAAAAAUUUGACAUAAGUCUAUUGAAAAUCAUCUUGCAGGUAUUGGUCUUAUUUUGUUUGGUUCAUAUUUCAAAUUUAGUCUACUAGGUAGAACUUUCUCUCUUUUUUUUUUUUUUUUUUUGAAGAGUCGGAUUCAAAUAGACUAGUAUAUAGGCCUACUAGUAUUAUAAUAGUUUGAAUUCAAAGUCAAACGCAUAUAAUAUACUUUAUAUAUCUCAGAGCAUAUGAAAAUAUUAAGAUAUUCAGUAUUUAUUUAUUAUCUAGGAAUCAGCUGACUAAUGUACACAUUAUUGGAUUUUCAUAUACAAUGCAACUAUUUUGCCAGAAACCUCUUGUCACAUGACAAGUCUGCUGGAAUAACAACACCUACUAGUAGUCCAGCAGUCACAUGACAUGCCAGCCAGAAGAAUAUCUCCCAUACUAUUUGUUGGGUCGCCGGACGUGUAGGCACUGCCUUGCUUAAAUUGACAUUGGCAAGGAGUUGAGAUAGAGUUUAAAAAAGAGCAGUGAAUUGAAGUUAGAGUUUAAAAAAGAGCAGUGAAUUGAAGUUAGAGUUUAAAAAAGAGCAGUGAAUUGAAGUUAUUCAAGGACUGAUGAAGAUAACAAUUACAAACCAUAUAUCUGUGAUCCUCAUAACAUUAUCAAAAGAGACACCAUGAUUUCAAUUUGUAAUAUUAUAAUCUGAACAAUAUUCUCCAAAAUAUAGUUAUGUAUAUCAAAGUGUUCACAUGGAAAAAGGGAACAAUAAAAGUAGCAUUUUGAAGGGUGAACUCAUGUGUCCAUUAAUAAAAUUAAUUAAUUUUAUAUCGCUGAGAGAAUAAUUUGUUUAAAAAAUGUAUAAUAUUCAGAUUAUAAUAGGCGCUUAAGUUUUUCUUGAAAAGAUAAUUUAAAGUUUCUUUCAAUAAUAUAUUCUUUCUGCUGUGUACCAUACGUUUUUACAAGAAAUGUACAUAGGUUGUAGUCAGUCAUUAGUCUUUUAGGCGACUGAGAUUUAUAUGAAUCCGUUAAAGAUGUUGCCUGCUGGAUGAAUACUGUAUUUGUCAUUUCCUCAACCAUUUUAUUUAUGUCUUUGUUAAAUUAUUGAAUCCAACAAAGCCACGUCCUUUUUUCUUUAAAUUUGCAGUGUUUGUUGUUACUGUGCAAAAUAAUCACUGAAAAACCAAAUGUGAAAAUAACAUUUUUGGGCCUGUCCAAGAGUUAAGCAAAAAUCAUUAGGGCAAGCAUAAAAGUAAUUCAAAUUUUACAAGGUAAAUAAAACAAUUAUAAGCCAAACUAUUAAAAAAGACUUAUGCUGCUUCAACAACUAUUGCCUACCAAUUGCAAAUAUGAUCAACAUUAUUAAGUCAUUUCAUAUGCCUUUUAAGGUAUUAAAAUUUCAUGUAGUGGUUAAUUAUAGUAUUUCAAAACGAGUCUAUUUUUUGCAGGCCUGACCAUUUUGAACACUUGAUUUUCACUUUUUUCACAUCUUUUGGUAGAACCUGUGAUAAAGUGUAAUUAAAAAAGUGUAUGUGAUAAAACUAAGUCAGGUUUUCAUUAGUUUAAUAAUUUAAUUUUUUUUUUACUUAUCCUUUAUUUUUACACUUUUCUCAUCCCAGUGUGUAAACGGUAGUACACAUUUUAGUUGAGGGUGGGAGCGACCCUCGUAACUAAAUCAGAACCUACUACCUUGUAGAAGUUAAGGGAUCUACAAAGGCUAGAGUACCUUAAACGAAAAUUAAGGCAGCUACCUAAAGAGCUGUAAGGGGCAGCCCCCAGACGGUUGUGCACAAGGCUAACAACAUUAGUCAUGUACAAAACAUUAACUCACGAAAGCCAAACAAAAAAGUUAACUAAUUCUAAUGGAAAUCAACCUAUGCCUGGAUAUUGACAUGAUUUUUGGAUUGCGACUUGAAUCUUACUAAGCCUGUUAGAGCAGGAGCCUUAGCCAACCUUAUAUAUCAGCUAAUUAAAUUUUUAAAAAAAGUUGCAGGAAAUUUGAUUGAAAAAUGCAGACAUCAAGACAAAAGACUACAUCAUAUUUAAUGGUGGCAACAACACUAACCCUCUUUGAAUAGGAUUUGCUGUGAAGAAAGACGCCUUAUGUGUAGUUAUAGGUUUUAAACCAGAGAAUGAAAGAUUGUGCUCUUUGCGUGUGCAAGGGAAAAUGUUUAAUAUAACAUUUAUAAAUGUUCCUGCUCCCACCGAAUAUACAGAAGGUCAGAUAAAAGAAUCCUUUUAUGAGACACUUGAAAAGAUCUGUGAUAAGACACCACAACAUGAUAUUAAAAUAGUGAUUGCCGAAUAGGUAAAAAACUAUUGGCAAGGAGACUCUGCUUGAAGAAUCCAAUGACAAUUGAAUGCGACUCAUAGACUUUGCUUAUGAAAAAGGGAUGACAGUAAGCAGCAUCAAUUUUCCACACAAAAAUAUACAUUAUUAUAGUACUUCGAACUCACCAGAUAGAAUCACUCAUCACAACCAAAUUGAUCAUGUUCUUAUCAAUCAGAGAAAUGGAUCAAACAUACUAUAUGUAAGAAGCUAUCGAGGAGCAGAUGGAAACUAUGACCAUAUACUUGUUAUGUUUAAAUAUAAACAGAUAAUAAGCAUAAUACACAAUGACCGAAAUCGAAGAGAAAAGCGAUAUAAUUACCACAAACUUACCCAAGACCCAUUAAACACAAAAGCUUACCAAAAUGAAGAAGCAGCACAUCUAGAAGCAUCACUGGAUGAAAUAAACAAUAAAAGCAACAUAAAUGAAGAGUGGGAUAAGAUAAAAAAAAUGCUAUGAAAAGAUCAGGAGAAAAGGUAGUAGAAUUUCAGCAAAAUAACAGUAGAGUAGGCUGGUUUGAUAAUGAAUGCAGAUAGACUAUCGAAGAAAGGAACAAGGCACGAAUGACCAUGAUUUAAAGGGAAACAAGAAAUAAGAGACAUGAUUGUUUCUCUAAAAAAGAUUAUUGUAUAACAUCCUUAUUUGUAACAUACUUUUGGUUUUAGCUAUUUUUGUUAUAAUUUUUAGUCUUCAAUGCUAAAAAUAAUAGGGGAGGAUGAUUAUCAACAUAUUGAAGUGUUCUCUGCUCGUUAGAUGUUGUUUAGCUCUUUACAUUUAUCUGUAUCUCUAAUUAUUUUCUCUCUCAUAUUUUUAGCCUAGCACUGAUAUUUUUUUUCUAGGUGACAUUCAUUUGCCAAAUUUUUUUGUUGUUCUAUAAAAUGUUUCUAUUGUUUUCUGUCCACUUUUAUUGGGGAGGCGUCACCGGGGUAUGGGGAUGUGUCCGCUUUUAUUUGAGAGACGUCGCAGGGGUGGGGAUAUUAUAGGUCGCAAUGUCACGCAAGGUGUAAGAUCUGUUAAAUUUACAUGUUGUGGACUUUGAAGGUGUCCUUAACAUAUUCCUGGCCUUGAAACUGGAGUGUCUGCUAUUGUAGGUUUUUAGUUCAUGCUCAUUGACAGGUAUGCUAACUAUAAGGCCAAAGAGUUAAUUUGACAUUGCACCUUAUACCAGCUUAUUGUCAAGGCACAAGCAAUUUGUCUAAUUUCCUGGUUCUGAAUGUGAUGCCUUAUGGUUUUACCAGUUGCUCACCUUAAACAUCACAUGUCUCGAGUGAAGAAAGACAUAAUUAAUUAUCCUGUCUUUCGUCCUUCCCUAUAUUUUUGGGUAUUUUACUAGUGGGAGUGGGGCUACUGACUGAGUUUGUCCUCUGCACUCUUGUCUGUAUUUCUGUCCAUUUUUCCAAUUCAGCAAAAAUGCUUCCCAGAUGUUUAAAUUCCUGGCAUCAGGGCAGGUAACACUUAUUAGUAACAGCUGAUUUUUGGGUCCAUUUUUUCUGGGAUCUGACCACCAUAACUAAACUAAUUCCAAUUUAUUAUCUAUAUUUUUUAUACUGAGCAUAUAUUUUCCAAGGGAAGUCUACUCAACUUCCAAUAAAGUACAUUAUAUUUAAUUUUAAAGCUAAUCCUACUUAGUAUUUUGUUAUUUUUAAGUCAUUGUUCCAGUCUCCACUGUUGGGUCUUUUUUUUUUCUGUGUAAUCCCUAUUCCCAUACAUUAUAAAUUUUCAAUAAUUUUCUUGUCUAAAAAUGUAUAAUAAUCAUCACAUCUCAAAUUUGAUGAAAAUAUAAUUUACAACUUUAAAAAAAAAAAAGUUGUCAAAUUUGAACUGUCACCAUUUUAUUUCUAGUAGUUUUUGUGCUUAAAAAAUAAGUUAAUUUUUGCAUAAUGCAACCUAAAAAGCAUUAGGAUGCAACCUAAAAAGCAUUAGGUUAGAUAAAAUUUGUCAAAAAUAUUGAAGGGUUUCCCAUGCUAUCUUUAAAAUAAAUGUGUUUACAUUUUUAUGAAGGAAACAAAUUGCCAAAAUUAAAUUAGUUCUGUGUCAUGCUGUUUCAUUAAAAGCAAAAUUGCCAUUUUACUACUUUCUGUGCAUCUGCCCUUUCAAGAGCUUGCACAUGCAAGGUAAGUAACACUGUUUUAUUUUUGAGUGACUUAAUUUUAAAAGAGUAGUUACCCGCUGAUCCCAUGCUCUCGCUCAUUUUGUCUCACAUGCUUCACCUGACACCUUUUUGGUAUUGCCUUACUCAUUCUGACUAGUAUCUCAUAAAUGACUAUAGUAUUCCUGUCUAAGCAUGGGUUACUUUUUCUUAAUACUGUAUUAUUUACUACCCCUUGUCUUGGAUUGUGAAUGUUUUAUCUUAAGUACUAUUUACUUGGAUUGAAAAACAUCUUUAUCAGACUGUAAUGAAGAAACUUUAUUUCUUAUUUAAGUUAUGUUUAGUAUACAACAGUAUAACUUGAAAUUUUCCUAGAAUAAUAGUUUUUAAUUUUUUAUUUUCAGGCCUUUGUGUAGUUCCUCUAAAGAGUUGGUGAAGGUAAAUAUUCUUAAAUGUUUGUCUGAGUUUUUGUCAAGCAUGCCAAUUUUUAAAAAUGUAAUUUGGGAGAAUCAGCUAUUGAUGGGGAAAAUCGAUAAUUUUAAAGAUAGUUUAAAAAAAACAAAACAUUCCAACACAGAAAUCAAUGACCUAGCUCACUUAUUUGUGGAAACUUUUUGCAAGAAGUAAGCAAAGAGACAAUAGAAAAUUAUUUGGAUAUUUAGAUAUUGGAGGUUUAUACAUUUUUAAACAUAUUUUGUUACACUGAUCCCAAGGUUGUAAAUAUAAUUUAUAUUUGUUUCCUUAUGCUUAAUAUGAGAAAUAUGAAUUUCAAGAAGUUAUUCAUCUGCUGAUUAAAUGAAAAGCUGAAACUUGGAAAUAAAUAGAGGUCUUAAUUUGAUGUUGUAUAGCCCUUUAUGUUGUCAUUUGUUGUUCUUUUUUAAAAGAACUUUUGCUUUAUAACCUGUGAAUUUUAAAUUAGCUUUAUUUUCUUUAAAACAUCUCCCUUUUUUUGUAUUAUUGUGUGCAAAAUUUCACCUUGCUAUAUGCAGAUUAAUCUGGCGUAAUUUUCAUAUUAUGAAUAUUUCUAUUUUUAUCAGUCGCUAAUACUGGAAUAAUUUUUUCAAACAAUUAGUUUAUUUAAUUAAUUAUUAGUUUAAAAAGUUGAAAAAUUUAACAUUUCACUAACAGAAAGUGAAGUUGGGUUGGCAAUCUUUUCUGUUAUAGGAUUACUUCAGGAAUAUAAAGAAAGUGACACAUUUUAAACAUAACAAUAAUAAUAAAUAUAAUGUCUGAAGAGGAGCAGUGUGAUUACACAUUUAAACAUGUUUUUAAUGUAUUUACACACUUUAUUAUUAUUAAAUACAUUUGUUUCUUCUGGGAUUUCAUUUAGAAAAGUAAGAAACCCUUUUUCCAGAUUUAUCUGCUUAAAAAUAUUUGCACUUUUAAUUCUUAUGCAUUUGUGUUGUGAUUGCACUAUUUCAGCAUGCCUGUCAAAGUCUCAGAUUUUGUUUUAUCGAUAUAUUAUUUCUUUUCUUUUUAAAAUAGUUAGAUAGCAUUUAAUGUUGUUCACACUUGUCUGUCUAUCCUAGCAUGCCAGCCUACACUAAUGCACGUGAGGCUGAGGCCCUUCGAAGAGCCAAAAUGGAGCUCCAGAGCCUUCAGACUCAGUCCUGUAUGAAAAGGCAAAAAACAUCGGAGACCUUAAAAGAUCUUGUGUCUUACUGCAAUAAUAAUUUGAAAAAUGAUAGACUGGUUUAUCCUGAUAAAGUAAACCCAUUUAAAACAAAGAAAAUGUGUACAAUUUUUUAAAGUUUUGUUCUUUCGAAACAAGGACUGAUUUAAGGCAGUAUAUACUGAAUUAAAUUUAUGAAGGUCAUCUGUGGUUUUUUAAAGACUGUUGCUAACCACUGCUAGUCAGAAACUUAAAACAUUUUUCAAUCAACAAUUAAGAUCUUGCUUAUUUUCAUGGUAGAUACAACAAUAAUAAAAUAAUUUGCAAUAUAGCUUUCUUUCUAAUGAUGCAAUUUUAACCAUUCCUAUUUCAUUAAUUUUUUUCUCAAGUCUUACUUUUUUUUCUGGAUGAACUGAUUUGAAGCAAAAAUAGUGUUUGGCACAUACUAACAAAGCGCAUUGAAAUUUGCAUUUAAAAUUUCAUUACAGCAAAUGAGCCUGCUUAAACCCCUGUAUUAUAGUUACUAUUGUAGAUAUAUAUAACCAAUUAUUAGUGAUAGAAUAUCUGGAACUGUUAAACUUCAAUAGAAAUUAUAUUUAAUCCUGAUAUUCAUUCUAAUAUUUUAAUAAUUUCUCCACUCUUAAUAAGAUAUAGCAAUGAACAAUCUAUGUUAUUUCAGUGCCUUAACUACACAUGAACACAUUAAAGCUGUAUUACAUAAAUACUUAAAAUGUUGAAGGAAAAAGGGGAACACACAUUAUUCAGUCAUUGGUUUUGUUUUGUGAAAUAUCUGCACAAGGAAAAUAAAUGAGCAUAAGCAUAAAAUGUUUUUAAACACUUUUACAACAAUAAGAUAUUUGUGAAUAUAUUUCCAUGACUUGUGUAAAACGGUUUGCCUGAGAUUAUGUUAAAGUGAUGAGAGUUUUUUAUUUUUAAGUGGAG